GCCUUUCGGCGUGAUUCUGGCGCACGCGCACUAACUCCGGAUCAGGAUGAGAUCUGUUAACUGUCACAGAAUGUGGCAAUAAUCUCGUUUUUGCUUUCCUUUUGAAAAUGUCGACAGGAGGAGUGGAUUCGGCAUUUUUCUUGCUUUCAUAGAACAAUUAUCCGCAAACGAAUGCUCUGGCUCGUUCAUCCAGCUACACUGGGGUACAGAGUGGUCAGGUACACUCAGAUAUAGCGAGUUAUAAAAACAACUCCACUAACAAAAAGUCCAAGUUGACUGGCUUGCAAAUUCAGCGUUUGGUGCGUGCAUAUUACAGAUGCAGAAUGCGGUGGUGUCCCAGCUCUGGGUUCCACCUGCUGCGGUGUGUGCGGAUAAGAUCUUGUACCAAGAGAAGAAGGAACACAUUGCCAUUGUGGAUUAGGGAAAUAUGGGCUUACAUUAGACUUCUGGUGCAGUCCUUUUACUUUAACUCCCUCACAGACUCAGAUGUGGUGUUCGACUCGUUCUUUGAACCACUGUUUUGGACUGUGGAUUAUGUCACCCGCUGGUUUGGCACGGUGUUUGUUUUUAUGGUGGUGCUACUGACGAGCUCCGUCUUGGCGAUAUCCUACCUGAUCCUACUGCCUAUGGUGUUCCGCACAUACUCCACUGCAUGGAUUGUUUGGCAUGUUUGUUAUGGACAUUGGAACCUUGUCAUGAUUGUUUUCAAUUACUACAAAGCAACCACGACUGCCCCUGGGUACCCCCCUACAGAAAAAAAUGACAGUCCAUUUGUGUCAGUCUGCAAAAAAUGCAUCAUUCCCAAACCAGCAAGAACACACCACUGUGGUAUCUGCAACAGAUGCAUUCUGCGAAUGGAUCAUCAUUGUCCCUGGUUGAAUAACUGUGUGGGCUAUUUAAACCAUCGCUACUUCUUCAACUUCUGCCUCUUCAUGACCGUGGGCUGUGUCUACUGUAGCAUCAGUGGCAGAAAUUUGUUCCUGGAUGCAUACAAUGCCAUUGAGCGCUUUAAGCAUUUGGAUGUGGAAAAGUCGGGGGUACCAGUAACGGGGAUGGGACUCCUCAUAGGGCUUCUCCCUCCUGGCCAGACCAACUAUCAGACACCUGCACCUCCUUACACCUUUAAGGAUAAGAUGAUUAAUAAGAGCAUCAUCUACAUGUGGGUGCUUACCAGCACUGUGGCAGUCGCCCUGGGAGCUCUGACCGUUUGGCAUUCAGUUCUCAUAUCCAGAGGAGAGACCAGCAUCGAAAGACACACUAACAGACAAGAAGCAGAACGGUUGGCAAAGCAAGGACGGGUUUACAAAAACCCUUUCAACUAUGGCAGGCUCAAUAACUGGAAAGUCUUCUUUGGCGUAAAGAAGAGAAGCCACUGGCUGACACGUGUUCUCCUUCCCUCUGGACACACCCCACCUGGGGAUGGUUUGACAUGGGACGCCUUCCCAGUUAAAAAGGACGCAAUACCUGUAUGACAGACUCUACUCAGGCAUACUUGUAGUCACAUAUCAGCAGUUUUUGCUGUGUCCAACCCCCUAUGGUCAUUUGAUCUGGUUGGCUUAAAGGAUCCCUGCAUGGUGGCUCCAUACAACUGAAGGAAUGGCAUGAUGUCAUCCUCCAAUACCUCAAAAAUGGGCAGUGGCAUUGCUCGUGGUUUGACGGAUAACAUUUUUCACCGGUGGAAAGGCAAGGUAUCAUGGAUGGUUUGUUCUCUGCUGUGUUUUACAAACCGGUCUUACUCGACUCUGAGAAUUGUGAAAACGGCAGAAUCACGACAAUGUUUUAUUUAUCUGUAUUUUGUACCUGUUAAGUUAAUAAAUCUUUAUAAAAUGCUUUACUUAAACAAUUGCA